CUGAACAUACUUGAAAGCUGACAAAUAUAGCCGAGUUCUUUCAUUAACUCAUAAAUAUAUGUUCGGACGUGCUGCGUUAAAUUGCUUUCUUAACCAUUGAAACGCCUAGCCUUAAUCAAUGGGAGUUAUAUUUUCUGAUGAUUAUAUCAAAUAUGUUCACAUAAAUAAUAAAUUGUGAUAAAAAUCUAAUUUGGUUGAACUUAAAAUUCAUCAAUAAUGGUGCUGUAAACUGAUUGUUACAUUUUUUUUGAGUCGCUAAAAAGUUAGUAAUCUUUUCUCGAACAACCAGAAUAAAAAAGAUCGGCAAAGAUGUCCAUGAACACAUUCCGUGAGGGAUUCACAUCUGGGAUGAGCUAUCUGAAAAGGCGAUUCAGCUCGAACGAUCUGCAGGGAGACCUCAUGAACGAACGAACGGACUCUACCGGAUUUAGUUUCAACCUCCCAAAACGAAGAGGACCAUCUCCAAGUGCUCCUAGCUCUCCUUCAAGGAGCACGAGCAUUCAGGGAUUGACCAGAGGUCUUUUUGGAUCAUCCAGUUCUUCUACUCAGCCCCCCAAACCGGCAUAUAAUAAAGACCGGUGUAAGACCUUGCUGGUCAUCGACACACCGAACGUUGAAUGGACCAAGUAUUUUCGGGGAAGAAAACUGUUGGGUGAAUGGGACUUGAGGGUGGAGCAGGCUGAAUUUUCCGAAAUAAACUUGGCUGCCUAUUCUGAAACUGGCACAGUGGUAGACAUACAAGUUAUGAGGAACGGUACAAAGGUUGUCAGAUCUUUCAAGCCGGAUUUCGUCCUGGUUCGUCAGCACGUCAAAGACGCCACUGAAAAUUGGAAAAACAUAAUCAUCGGAUUGCACUACGGACAGAUUCCCAGUCUUAAUACUUUUGAAUCUAUUUAUAACUUUUUGGAUAAACCUUGGGUGGUUAGUGCAGCAAUGAAAAUUUUUGUGUGGAGUUUUUUUUUGAGUAGGGCUCGGUUCCCGCUCAUCGAACAAACAUACUUCCCCAACCAUAAAGAGAUGCUGGUCUCACCCCACUUUCCAGUUGUGGUGAAAAUAGGCCAUGCCCACGCUGGCCUGGGGACUGUGAAGAUUGACAACCACUACGAUUUCCAGGACAUAAUUAGUUUAGUGGCGUUGUCGGGCUGUUACUGCGUCACUGAGCCAUUCAUUGACAGCAAGUACGACAUCCACAUACAGAAGAUCGGCGAUACCUACAAAUCAUUCACGAGAACGUCCAUAUCGGGCAACUGGAAGGUUAACACGGGCUCAUCUAUGCUUGAGCAAAUACCCACAACUGAAAGAUAUAAAAGGUGGGCUGAUGAAUGUUCCGAGUUAUUUGGUGGAUUGGACAUGGUGGCCAUUGAGGCGAUCAUGGGAAAAGAUGGCAAUGAAUACAUACUCGAGAUCAACGACUGCACGAUGCCUCUGUUGGGAGAGACCCAGGAAGAUGACCGGAAGUUGAUCGCCAGUCUUAUCAUCAACAAGAUGGAAGCUAACUGCAGGGAAGAAAUGAGCAAAUCGGCGUCAAUCAGUCAAAUGUCAGUAGUGAACAGUCGGCCCAUGGCGGGUCCUCCAGGUCCAAGUCCUGCCUCCACAGCUAUGCCGAUGGAAUUCGAUGCAACACUAGCAGCACAUCAGUCUCCAAUGAUGUUGAACAGCAACCAACAACAGCAACAAUUUCAGCAGCAGCAGCAACAACAUUUCCAGCUACAACAACAACAGCAAUUCCAGCAACAACAAUUCCAACCACAACAACAAAUGUCGGAAAGUGAAGUUGCCAAAGACCUUGAAGAUUCCGAGGACACGAUGAAGAACCUGCGCAAAACAUUUGCCGGAAUUUUCGGGAACAUGUGACAUGCGUCCCUACCUCUUUUUGUUUAGGUUGUUCCUAACUUAACGUUGGGUGUACUACUUAUUAUUCAAAACCAUUUUUUAGUUUAAUGCCUCAUUAUUGAAUAAUAAUUGUCUCUGAUAAUUACAAAUUAACUCUAUAGUUUGUGUUUCUAUUUUACAAUAUAUUCAGCUCACUCACAAAUUUACAAAUUGGUUAUAUAUAUAUAUAUAUAUAUAUAUAUAUAUAUAUAUAUAGUAAAGAUAAAUAAUGCUUUUUCAAUAGAUUGGUUAUAGAUAGAUGAUACUUUAUGAUUAGGAAGAAUAGAUCUUUCCAUUGACUACAUCGUCGUUUGAUGGUCGUUAGGUAGCCGCUUUUCCAUUUGUUAUAUCCUUAAGUGAAUCAGUUUAGAUUGUUGUAAAUGUACAUAUAUCAUAUUAAUAUGUACGUGUCCUAUAUAUAUAUAUAUAUAUAUAUAUAUAUAUAUAUAUAUAUAUAUAUAUAUAUUAUAAUAUAUAUUGUGUAAAAUUUCUUGAUUUUUUUUGUUUCUCUACUUUCUCUCUGCUUGCAUUGCAUCUCUUACGUUUCCGUGUGCAUGUGCAUUUUUGUGCAUUUUCGUGCAUGUGCAUGUUUGUGCAUGUGCGAUGUUCAUGUUUGUAGGUAUAUGUGCAUUGGAUAAUUACGUGAUUAUUUUCAUCUGCGUGCUUAGGUAUAUUUUAAAAAGUUGUUUAAUAAAAUGUUUUCAAAUGUU